AUGAGUCCUAUGCUUUACUUCCUUCUUGCCUUGACCGCGGUUAUAGCCGCGACCACAAACGCCGCUGCACCCAUUCGAGACACGGAUGGCGACACCGUCGAGUUUGACAGUUACUACUACGUUCUCCCCGUCGGCAAGAGCCGAGGCGGUGGCCUGACUCUCUCCGGCCGCGAUGGCAGGUCAUGUCCCAUCGACGUAGUGCAAACAUCGUCCAGGAGGGACAAGGGCCUUCCCAUUAAAUUCUCAAGCUUGAGGUCUAGAGCUGGGUACGUUACCGAGUCAGCGGAGCUCCAAAUCGUGGUGGACAACGACAACCACAGAGACAGGACCUGCGCACGCUCAACCUACUGGUGGGUCAAAGAGCCAGAAAACAGUUGGGAGGACUGGACCGUGAAGGUUGGUCCAAACCCACGCGAGUCUAGACAACAAGAUUUGUCCAAGACUGUGUUCCAGAUCCACGCAUUCAAAUAUGAUUAUUACUUUCUUGCGUAUUGUCCUUCGUAUGAUGAUGAAGUUAACAGCAAAGUUUCCAGUGACCGUUGCCGCUAUCUCGGGAUACUUGAGGAUGAAGAAGGCUUUCGGCGUUUGACCCUAGACGCUCAACCUUUCAUGGUUAAGUUCGAUAGAACUGAUGGGAGAGAGCGUUCGUCCAAGUCCAAGGCUAUGGCUGUGUGA